UGGGACUAGCAGCUCAGAAUAAGAAGAAAAAUGGUACAGGCUGCAUCUUUUUGUCUGCUACUGCUAUCAGGAACCUUUGAUAUCUCUUCUUCUUUGACUUACUACCAUGUGAGUGCAUCUAUGACCUGGCAAAAAGCUCAGACCUACUGUAGAUCAAAUCAUAUUGACCUGGCUACAGUGGACAGCAUGGCAACUGUAAAUGUAUUGAAUAAAAGUUACCAAUCAAUGAUUCCUGCAAAUGGUUCUAUGUGGAUUGGACUCAAAAGGAGCUGGUCCUGGUCUACCGGAGAAUCUCUCAAUUACACUCUCUGGACAACAGGCCAACCAAAUGCAAGCAAUUCAGAAGCAGCAUGUGGACUGUUCGAUUCUAAGGGAUGGAGUAACUACUACUGUUCAAACAAAUUUGGCUUCUACUGCUUCGAUGAAGACUCUUCUAAUGCUAGCAAAACGUACAUAUUAAUCACAGUAUCGAAGACUUGGAAAGAUGCCCAGACUUACUGCAAACAAUACCACACAGAUCUAGCCAUCAUCAACAACAGUGAAGACAGUGCAGCUUUUCCUGUUAAUGCAGCAUAUGUAUGGAUUGGUCUGAUCUCCUCAUACUGGUCUGAUGGAGGGUUUUCAAGCUUCCGGUACUGGGCACAGGAUAAUUCCGAGUCAUCUCUUGAUGAUACAUGUACUGCUAUGGAUAAUCAUGGGAAAUGGAUCAGUAAACAAUGCAACCUCAAAAUGUCAUUCAUUUGCUAUGGAGGUGAGAGUUAA